GAUGAUCAACUACAAGGCCGAUGUGAACGUGAAAGACAUCUGGGGUAAGACGCCACUAUCGUGGGCAGCGGCGGGAGGGGACAAGGGUGUUGUGGAGCUGUUGCUCGACAACGAGGCCGACGUUAACUCUCGAGAUGGCCAUGGUACACCGAUAUGCUGGGCAGCCAAGAACGGCCAUGAGGGUGUUGUGAAGCUGUUGCUCAAAAGAGGUGCCGACAUCAAUUUUCAAGAUGGAUAUAAGACGCCGCCAGACUGGGCGGCCGGAAACGGUCAUGAGAGGGUUGUGAAGCUGCUCCUUAAACAGAGCCAGUACGAUGCCUCAGAGAGCGAGCUACUAUGCUGGGCGGCCGCGGAAGGAUAUAAGGCUAUCGUGAAGCUCCUACUCAAGAGAGGUGCCGAUAUCAACAGGAAGAGUUUGUGGGGCGGAGAACACAGAGACCCGCUAUUCCUUGCGACUGAGUAUGGACACUGGGCUAUUGUGAAGCUCCUACUCGAAAGGCGUGCCUACGUUGACUUCAGGCAAAGGGGUCUACAGCUAAGCUGGGCGGUUAAGCACGGAAAUGAAGAUAUUGUGAAGUUCCUGCUCGAAGA